AUGACCGAAGGUCGCACCAUUCAUGUUGACCGAGAAAGUUUUCCGAAGCACCUGGCGGCCGAUUGUCCAAAGCAUGCCUGUACCGAGGAUGCAAUCUGUCUUCGGGGUAACUGUGUGCCUGUUUUAAAAGAAAAGAUAUAUAAAGACUGUUCAGAUAUUGUGAAAAGAGACCCAAGCAAGAAAGAAAAAGAUGGAGUUUAUGUUAUUUACGCUGAUACCCGGAGAGAGGUCUUCUGUGACAUGACGACUGAUAAAGGAGGGUGGACGGUCAUUCAGAAACGACAGGAUGGUGACGUCGAUUUUUACAGGACAUGGAGAGAGUAUAAAGACGGAUUUGGGAAUGCGACUAAAAACUAUUGGAUAGGAAAUGACGCAAUCUAUGAAUUGACAAAGAACAAGGACCAGGAACUCAGAGUUGAGUUACAAAGUUUUGAUGGCGCUGAAGCACACGCACUGUACUCCUCUUUUUAUGUUGGCAACGAAAGCAGUAAAUAUACAUUGACAUUGUCCGGCUAUUCAGGCACCGCGGGUAACAGUUUGGGUUAUCACAAUGGAAUGAAAUUUACCACUAAAGAUCAGGACAAUGACAACAAGAUAAGUGUUAACUGUGCUGUAGGAUUUCACGGAGCCUGGUGGUACAAUGCCUGUACAAGUUCAAACUUAAACGGGAAGUAUGCACAGUCUACUGUGACUAGUUAUCAAUGUCCGUAUUGGUUUAGCUGGACCAAUGGAUAUAUAGCACUAAAAAGGACUGUGAUGAUGAUACGACACAGAAACUAA